UAUAAUUUCACCAUACUAUACCACAAUAGUUUCUAUUAGUUUAUCUACCAUCGUGUAGAUGGCCCCGAACAAACCGAGGGAUAUUUUGAAAUGAUUUUAAUUCUCCUUAAAAUAUAUAUUUUUGCUUUAAUCGUCACCUAAAUUGAAUACAACCUACUAAGUUCGUUUACGGGACGUUCUGAUAUUCCACCUAAAUGCUGGCAUUCAAUCGAAAUCAUUAAAAAAUGCAAUGACCGUCAACUAUGCGGCUGCAAUCCUGCAAUGCCCAUUCUCGGUGGGGGAGUUCCACAAAAAUGGCUGCCGAUGGUAUUCGGAGAAGUGUUAUUUGAAAUAAAUGGUGAUAAAAAUGCGUCACUAAUCUGUUGAAAGUGCUUUUGCGGUAACGUUUAUCUGUUAUUUCACGUCACUAAUGCCCCAGCCCAUCGAUGGGUGAUUCAAAAUCAAGCGGCACGAUGCAGGGCAUCGUUGCCGGCGGUCCGGGAGAACGACGGCUUCGUCAGCUGGAGAUGCUCUUUCUGGGUGGGCCCUCCGUCACCAAGGAGCAGAGCUUCAGCAUCGAAACGUUGAUCGACAUACUGCUGGUGAUCUACGACGAGUGCUGCAAUUCCAGUCUUAGGAAGGAGAAGACUGUUUCCGACUUUAUUGAAUAUGUGAAACCAAUCGCAACGUCUGUCAAAACGUUACGACUGACCAGAGAUGAUUUCGAGAUAGUUAAGGUAAUAGGGCGCGGAGCUUUUGGAGAAGUUUGCGUGGUAAAAUUCAAAGGUACUGAGAAAGUGUAUGCCAUGAAGAUACUGAACAAAUGGGAGAUGCUAAAAAGGGCUGAAACGGCCUGUUUCAAAGAGGAGAGAGACGUUUUGGUCUACGGUGAUAGGAGGUGGAUUACACAUCUGCAUUACGCCUUCCAGGAUGAGCAUAAUUUAUAUUUAGUAAUGGACUACUACUGUGGCGGUGAUCUCUUAACGUUGCUUAGCAAAUUCGAAGAUCGUCUUCCUGAAGAAAUGGCGCGAUUUUAUAUUGCAGAAAUGGUUCUCGCCAUUGAUUCUAUACAUAAACUAAGAUAUGUACAUAGGGAUAUAAAGCCGGAUAAUGUUCUUUUGGACGCAAAUGGACACAUCAGAUUAGCUGAUUUCGGUAGCUGUUUGAAACUGAACGACGACGGAAUGGUACAGUCAAACGUCGCUGUUGGAACUCCGGAUUAUAUUUCACCAGAAAUUCUAAGGGCGAUGGAAGAUGGGCAAGGUAGAUAUGGACCUGAAUGCGAUUGGUGGUCGUUAGGAGUGUGUAUGUACGAAAUGUUAUUUGGCGAAACGCCGUUCUACGCCGAAAGUCUUGUGGAAACGUACGGCAAAAUAAUGAACCACAAAAAUUGUUUUGAUUUUCCGACUGACGUGGAUGUCUCCGAUGCUGCGAAGGACCUGAUUAAACAACUCAUUUGCAGCCAAGAGUUUCGGUUAGGGCAAAACGGGAUCGAAGAUUUCAAGAAUCAUCCGUGGUUCGAGGGGGUGGACUGGGAGGGGAUAAGGGACAGCAACGCCCCCUAUAUCCCGGAAGUGUCUAGCCCCACCGAUACUUCGAAUUUUGACGUGGACGAUGCUGACAUACGGUUAUCGGAUGCUAUGCCUCCUACUGCCAAUAAUGCCUUCACCGGUUUACAUUUGCCUUUCGUUGGUUUUUCUUUUACACAAGGAAGUUUCAUUUGUGAUCUAAGCAACCUGACCAUGUACAUUACCUCUUCCAAAACGACUGAGCUACAGAACCAACGAAACAAGAGCGAAAUGAUCCCGAUGAAUCAGCAGAAGGUGGACGUCGAGAAGCGGGAGGUGGAGAAGAGAAUGUCUCCAGAUGGUACGCGGAAGUUGCAGGACGAAAUCAAUAUGUUGACGAAGCGGAACUGUGAGCUGGAAUCACAGUUGCGAAGUCUCGAAUCUGGCCAAUCGAGAGAAAUGCACAUAGACUCGAUGGACGGAACCGAUGACUCCAAAACAAAAGAACUACAGAAAACCAUCAGGCUGUUAAAGCAGGAGAAAGAGGAGAUUCAAAAAGACAAGCAGGACUUGUUGGAGAAACUGAAGUUUCAGGAUAAGGAACUGAAAGACGCGCUGGCUCAAAAGAAGCUCGCCAUGGCCGAGUAUACAGAGGUUUCUGACAAGUUAGCUGAGCUGAGGCAACAGAAACAGAAGUUUUCUAGACAGGUUAGAGAUAAGGAAGAGGAGUUAGAAACGGUGAUGCAGAAGGUAGACUCCCUACGUAACGACAUACGACGUGCAGAGAAGCUGCGUAGAGAGUUGGAGUCCAGGGUGGAGGAAGCCCAGGCGGAAUCUACCAAAGAGCGAAAACUGAGGGAACGAUCAGAAGAAUACUGCAGACAAAUGCAGGCCGAGUCUGAUAGGUUGCGAGUGAGGACUGAGCAUGCUCCUAGGGACCAGCAGGACUCGCUCAGGCUCAAGGCUGAGUUGGAAAAAUUAGAGGUUCAAUACAAUGAGAGCCUUACACAACAGCAAGCUCGGUAUAACAUGGAGAUUUCUUCUCUAAGAGAGCAACUACAUGAAGCUGAAACACAUAGGGACCUGUUAGAAAGAGAAGUGCAAUCGUUAAAAGAGAAACUCGAGCAAACUAGGUUAGAAGCAGUUUCCGAUUCGGAACAAAUGGUAACGGAGCUUAACCGUAGGCAUGAAAGGGAAAAACAAAUAUUAUCGGAGGAUAAUAAAAAACUAUCCUCAAGUGUUGAGUUUUUAACAGAAUCUAUGAAUCGAUUACAAAACGAAAGAUCGACGUUAGAAUCCGAAUACGAACAAUUGCGGAGUAAGCAGGAAACGUUAGGUCAAUGGGAGACGCAGCUAUCAGAAAUUAUUCAAUGGGUUAGUGACGAGAAAGAUGCCAGGGCUUAUUUGCAAGCUUUGGCUACCAAGAUGACCGAGGAGCUCGAAUAUCUUAAACAUGCAGGCGUUUCGAACGUGGUUGGUGGUGGGGACAAAAAUUGGCGAAAUAGGCGGUCGCAAAAGUUAGAUAAGAUGGAACUGCUCAACUUGCAGAGUUCCUUACAAAGUGAGAUUCAAGCGAAGCAAGCAAUCAGCGAGGAUCUAAGUAAAACUAGGGAGGCGCUAUUAGCUGCACAGAAGGAGCUGCGAGAAUAUAGACAACGAAAUGAUGCCUUGUCGAUGGAUUUGAAACGAAAAGAGAAGCAGAUGAAAGAUCUCCAAAAUCGCCUGGACUCUGAAGGAUUUCUGGAACGCCCUCCAUCGCAAAUGUCGUACCUAGAUCAGUUCCUGAAGGAAACGAACUCCUCGCAACAACAGCAAAUGAACACAUACGACAAUUUGCCGGCGCAAGCACUGUUAUAUCAAGGCGGGUCCAUAGAAUCGGAAGAGGGCGAUAUUGAGGACAACAGAGCAUUGAGUAUGACCAGUUCGAAGAGCAAUCUUUCGGAACUCAGCAUGCACGAUACCCAAUCUCCGAUGAAACACAAAGCCCACCAAUUCCUGGUCCGUACGUUCUCCAGUCCAACGAAGUGCAGCCAUUGUACCUCGCUGAUGGUGGGCCUAAUGCGGCAGGGAAUGGUGUGUGAGAUAUGCGGCUUCACCUGCCACACGGCGUGUUGCCCACACGUGCCGUCCGUCUGCCCCGUACCUCCAGAUCAAACCAAGAGGCCUCUUGGUAUCGAUCCGACUCGAGGUAUUGGAACAGCUUAUGAAGGUUAUGUUAAAGUACCCAAACAGGGUGGAGUGAAGAAAGGUUGGGUGCGACAGUUUGUCGUUGUAUGUGAUUUUAAGCUGUUUUUGUACGACAUAUCAGCAGAUCGAAAUGCCUUACCAAGUGUUCAUGUAGCUCAAGUGUUAGACAUGCGUGAUCCGCAAUUUAGCGUCUCUAGCGUUAAGGACUCUGAUGUGAUACAUGCCAACAAAAAGGAUAUUCCUUGUAUAUUUAAGGUUACCACUUCGUUAAUGGAACCGCUGGGUCCGAGGAAUUCCACGCUCAUGUUGGCAGAUACCGAAGCUGAAAAGAAUAAAUGGGUGGUAGCUUUGGCAGAACUACACCGGAUCAUGAAACGUAACAAUCUGCCCAACACCACCGUUUUGGUAGCGAGAGAACUUAUCGAUAACACGUUGACGUUGCUUAGGAAUACGCUUAGCGCUGCGAUCAUUGAUCCGGAUAGGAUAGUUUUAGAUGAUUGUUUGGAAGCAGAUCUAGCUCGAAAAUGGGAGUUACUACUUUGGAUCAUAAAAAUCAGUACUCUGACUAACAAAAGAGUACAAUCGAUUUUCAAAAGUGAUUUUAAAGGUACUGAGGAAGGUAUGUAUUGCAUCGAUCUGGACCGAAGUGAAAUAGCGAAAAUAGGCGAAGGCAAAAAGAUUUUCCAGUUGGAAUACAUAAGCGAAGAGCACCUUUUAGUAAUAGUAGGCGGCAAACAACGGCAAGUCAGACUCGUACCUAUAAGGGCUUUGGACGGAGAUGACGUGGAAUGGAUAAAAGUGACGGAAAGUAAAGGGUGCAAUGUAUUAACCAUAGGACCAGUGCUUAGGGCACCUUUAACGUUCUGUUUGUGUAUUGCUAUCAAAAAACAGAAUUCCUCGGUGAUAAUAGUCUACGAAAUAACUCGUACAAAAACUAGACAUCAACGAGUGCGUGAGAUCAGUCUGUCUGUUAAUGUGCAAUCGCUACAAUUUUUAUCUGACGGUAGGCUGUGUGUUGGGUCGAUGUCCAAUUUUACCGUAUUCAAUCUGCAAAGUGGAGAUCAGCAGUUUGUAUCGUUAUUACAUCCAGAGAAUCCUCUCUGUCCAACUUUGAAUUGUAGCAACGUAGAAGCUUUAAGAGUGAUAGAAUUGCCAAGGCACGAAUAUUUGUUAAUUUUUUCCACAUUGGCAGCAUAUGUAGAUAGGCAUGGUAGGAAAUCAAGAGAUAGGGAGAUUAUGUAUCCUGCAAUACCUACAGCAAUAGCUUACCGUGAUGGGUACCUAGUCGUUUAUAGUGAAACUCACAUAGACGUGUUCAAUUGUACAACAGGCGAGUGGGUGCAAACAAUCAAUAUAAAGAAGUCGAAGCCUUUGAACGAUAGUGGAAGCCUCACGCUUUGCUUGUUGAAUGACUUUGCACAUCUGUUAUACCUUUCCAAUAUUCAUCAGAGAGAACUGAUAAACUUAGACAAUAUAGUAACUUUAGACAGAGAAGGAAGAACUGUACAAAAGACAAGGCGAAGAUUUUCAUUGAGGGAAGGAAAUAGAUCGCAAAGAAUGAACACCGAUAGGCGGUCUAAGCUAAUAUCUGCUCCGACGAACUUCAAUCACAUAAGUCACAUGGGACCUGGAGACGGAAUUCAGAGGCAGAGGUUGAUUGAUUUGACCCCGAGUCUGGUUGAUCCCCUACAGGAGCAUAAUAGCUAUACUGCUGCAAUGCCUCAGCCAAGGCCAUCGAAGAUGGCGCCACUACCUCCAAAGCCCUCCAGCGGGAGCAGCUGUGGCGGCACAGCGGAACGGAAGCAGCGUCCCGAAAUCUCAAACCCAACGCCGGUCCGGCCGCAGUUCCCCGCGUACAACGGGGGCGCUAAACGGCCGGCCCCCGCCCGCCCCCGGGAACUGCCGCCGGCGCUGCCUCGCCUGACGCCCGCCCCAUCUACCGAGCCCACAUCGCCCUCGCCGGAUCCGGCUAGCAUAGGCAGCAUGUCGUCCCUGCACGAGAUGAUCAAGGGUACUGAGACGCGUAGCAGUCCCCGGCACUCGAUCGCCAGCAAUAACAGCUCCAACGUGUCAACGCCACCAUCUCCACACGCUGACCACCAUAACAGUUCCAGUUAUGACAGCUAAACUGUCAGUUCAAGCCAAUCAAACUAGUUUUUAAUCGCGCACGCGAUGUAUACAGUCACCGUACUAAUUGGAGUUGCAUUUCGCCCGCAACAAACCAAUAAAAACUCUACCGUUCUAAUUUGUAUGCUAAACAUUGAUUGAUAUUCGUAAGUAGGAGAUGUGUAAAGUGUCCGUACUUCAGUAAGAUUUGUAUGGGGUUAAUGCCAAUCGCGAAAAUCCUUAUUCAUGCUUUGGAAUCCGACUUUCAGCAGAAAAUACGAGUAAAUGAGUAUGUCUAAAUUAGAAGUAAUCAGUAAUAAAACGGAAUACCGAUAAUAGGCGAGGAAUUGGUGUGGAGCAUUUUAUUUUAGUAUGGUAUUGUUUCAAAAUAUAGCAGAGCUUAUUAAUUAUUGACCAUAUACGUACAUACUUGUAGCGCUCUGCCAUCUGGACGACAAAUCGUGUCAAUAUUAAUGUAAUAUUCGAAUUCUAAGUUCUACUUUUGAAAUAAGGCAGCACCAUCGACCACUGCGAAAGUGAGUCAUUUUUUCAAUAUACUAUAGAUACAACCACAGGAUGAGUUUCAGAGUUGACAGGCAAAAAUCUGAUGAUAUUUUAGUCUAACUAUUAGCAAAAGGGAUUCCUCGAACUGGAUCGAAGAACUUAUUAAAUUACUUCACUAAGUUUGACCACACUUCUGGCGAAAAAAUCAUAACAAGCAAAGGAGAGAAUAUCUACUCGUAGCUUGAAAGAAUUCUAUACGUAUGGCUCUUUAGCCGACAUAGAAGUGCAGAUGAAAAGAUCAGUCAAAAUGUAUUCUUGAUAUAUAUAGUUUCUCAGUUAGUACGGGAAAUUUACACAUCUUAGGACUGAUAAGUUACCUCAUAUUCAGAAAGUACGAUGAAUUCAAACAAUAAAAAGUGUUACUGAUAUUCAUAUAUGAUAUAAUUAGAUUGGCACUGUACUUACUUUUUAUGUACAUUUUGUGUAUGUUUUUUAAUUGUAGGGUACCAAUUGUAGAAAAAUACCAGUCAAUUAAGUGUUGUAAUAUGGUUUUUAAAAUUAUUUUGCAAAAAGACUCGCUUUGAUAAUUUGGAUAGGUUGCACAGUGAGUCGGAUUUUUUUAUAUAUUUUAUAUUUAUAUACUUAUUUAUUUAUAUUUGUUUUCAACAUUUUUUGUCACUAACAAUAACGUAUGAUAGUGAGGUUAAUAUUUUAUUAGAUUCUUAAGAAAAAUAUUUAAAUAAUCAUAUAUUUAUUAUAUUAUACCCAUGUUUUAGUACAAGUCUAUUAUUAAUUUCUAAGAAAAAAUUUUACAGUGAGACAAUAUAGUAUUUGUGAUUAGUGACUAUAAAAACGUGUAUUUCACUAUUAGAUUUUCUACUUCCAAUAUAUAGUUAUUUUAUCUUCUGUGAAUCUAGUCACUUUUACAAAUACACCGAUUUUUUUUAAUCCACGAUGCGGUGCGUAGAAUUUUAUAUUUGAUUUUAAUCGAGUUUCCAAGUUUUCCACAUGUUACGAAAAACGUUGAAUCAUAAAUUAGAUGACAUUUAUUUUAUUAAUAGAGUAUAUUCAUAAAUAUGAAUCUUAGUAUCGUAGCACAGUGCAUUUAUCCUCACCAGAUUUUUAUUUUUUUUUUAGUCAGGAUUUAAAAUUUUAUACUUGACCACGUAAUGUUGAUGUUGGAAAAAAUCUAAAUUACUUUUAUGUGUCUUAAUAUGAUAGAAAUGGCUCUGAAACAUCGAACUAGAGAUGUAAAUACUCUGUUGAAUCAUUCGAUUCCGAAUUCAACUGGCUGCUAGGAGCGCCGAGCACCGCCAUUCAAUGACUGCUGCUGUGGUUUCAGAUAACAUUCGUGUACUCGUUUACAAUUCUAGUCUAGUUCUGCUUUCGAAUACCGAAUCGCACCAUUUGAGUAACUUGAUGUUGAUCAAUGUUAUUGUUGCUAAAUAGUUGGAAAGCGCUGGUUUAAAAUUUUGUAAGGAAACUUUUCACUUAGAAAAUGGCGCCUGGAACAAGGAUGGACAUUUCUUGAACAUUAGCCGUAUGCAAACAAACACUGCCCAAGUAAUAUGAAGCAAAGUUGAUUCGAAAACAAUGUUCCAUAUCUUGAAGAGAUUUCGGGGGAAAAUAGAAUUCUCAGACAUACAGGGUGUUCGCAAAGUUGGGGUUUUCGUUUUCAGAAACACCUACCCUUGAAAUAACAAAGGUAAUGUGUAGUGAAACGAGGGCGACCAAGUAAAAAAAAUAAAGAAAAAAGUACUCACUCUCCAGUUGACAAGAAGGGCCCGAAAUCAUACCGCUCCAACAGAAAAUGAAAUCAGCUAAUGCGCUACCGAGCAGACGCCGGCGGUGGUGCAGACCAGUAGACCACGAACAGAGGUAACAAAUAUGACCAUCGUGUAGAAACCACAUUGAUCGUCUUACACUUAAUGGCACAUCUUCUAACAAGGAAGGCAAAAUGUUGCGUAAAAAGUCUAGGUAUUGCAUCCUGU